AUGGCCAUGCCAUUCGUGCAAGGAGAAAUUCGAGCUCAACUGGUAGAACAACAAAAAUGCCUGGAGCAGCAAACGGAAAUGCGAGUCCAGCUUCUCCAGGACCUGCAAGAUUUCUUCCGAAAAAAGGCUGAAAUUGAGACGGAAUAUUCUCGGAACCUAGAGAAGUUAGCAGAAAGGUUCAUGGCAAAAACAAGAAGCACUAAGGAUCAUCAGCAAUACAAGAAAGACCAGAACCUGUUGUCUCCAGUGAACUGCUGGUAUUUGCUCCUGAACCAAGUGAGGAGAGAAAGCAAAGACCAUGCGACCUUGAGUGACAUCUAUCUGAACAAUGUGAUUAUGCGGUUCAUGCAGAUAAGCGAGGAUUCCACCAGGAUGUUUAAAAAGAGCAAAGAGAUCGCAUUCCAACUUCAUGAGGAUUUAAUGAAGGUUCUUAAUGAGCUUUAUACGGUGAUGAAAACAUACCAUAUGUAUCAUGCAGAGAGCAUCAGUGCAGAGAGCAAGCUGAAAGAGGCUGAGAAACAAGAGGAAAAGCAAAUUGGAAGAUCUGGUGAUCCAGUUUUCCAUAUUAGACUUGAAGAGAGACAUCAGCGGCGAAGCUCUGUAAAGAAAAUAGAAAAAAUGAAAGAAAAGAGACAAGCAAAGUAUUCGGAAAAUAAGCUAAAAUCAAUCAAGGCACGGAAUGAAUAUCUCCUAACCCUUGAAGCAACCAAUGCCUCAGUUUUCAAGUAUUAUAUUCAUGAUCUUUCAGAUUUAAUUGACUACUGUGACCUUGGUUACCAUGCAAGUCUGAACAGAGCCUUAAGAACAUAUCUUUCUGCGGAGUAUAACCUUGAAACCUCCAGACAUGAAGGCUUAGACAUUAUUGAGAAUGCAGUUGACAAUUUAGAGCCCAGAAGUGAUAAGCAGAGAUUCAUGGAGAUGUACCCUGCUGCAUUCUGUCCACCAAUGAAGUUUGAGUUUCAGUCUCACAUGGGUGAUGAG